AUGACAGAAGAUGGACAAAACAUGACAGAAGAUGGACAAAAAAUGACAGAGGAUGAGCAAAAACGACAAAUAUCGAAAUCAGAUCCACAGGUCUCACUAACCUUUGACGCCUUAUUAAAAAAGCAUAGAAAAGAAAAAAAAGAUUUGCAAAAUCAAAUAACUGGCAUGAAAAAACAAGCAUCCAAAUCAAAAAGGAAACAAAUCAACAAUAGAUGUAUUGAACUAGAAGAAAAACUAAAAUUAGAUCAUGAACAAGAACUCAAGAAUUGGAAAGUUGCAAAUAACAUGAUCGAUGAAAAUGAUGAAGAUGACAACGACAAUUACACCGAAAUAACCCCUGAAAAGCUCAUUGAACAAUUGAGUCUAUCCCAAGACCCUUCUCCGGAAAAGACAUCGAGUAAAAAUGACAACUAUGCUGCGCUACCGCAACCUACCAGACGUCGUAAUCGACAAAGGGAAAAACUGGCUAAAAGAGAAGCAGAAAUCCAAAGAAUAAAAGAAGAAGCACGCAAAGAAGCAUAUGAACAACCCGAUUUGAAGAAAAUAGAACAAGAAACAUUGGAAAAAAUCUAUGAAAUUAAAUCUUUAAAACAAGUUGAUAUAAAGCCAGAUGGUCAUUGUUUGUUUGCAUCCAUAUUAGACCAAUUGAAAUUGAGACAUAGUAACGUACAACAUCCAUAUUGUUUCCCUCAGACAUACACUAAAAAUACCCAUAUUAAUGAUCUUGAUGUUUAUGAUUUACGUUCGUUAGCUGCUUGCCACAUUAGAGAACAUAGCAACGACUUUACACCAUACUUGUUUGAUGAAAGUACGAUGAGUUUAAAAGAUGUUAACCAAUAUACUAAAUCAUUAGAAGAAACUGCUUGUUGGGGUGGUGACGUUGAACUAAUGGCCUUGUCUAACAUCUUUCAAUGUUGUAUUGCAAUUAUUUCUAGUGGCAAAUCCACUAUUAUUAUUAAUGAAGAUAAAUUCAAAUCAAUGAACCCUGAAUUGAAGUUGGUUUAUUAUAAACAUAGUUAUGCUCUAGGUGAGCAUUAUAACUCAUUGCAUGAUAUAUAA